CAGAGGACGCUUGCAUCACUAUAGGUAUUUGGGGCAUGGAUGGUAUUGGCAAGACCACCCUUGCUGAAACUGUAUUUCACAGACUCUCUUCUAAUUUCGAAGGUUCUUGUUUUCUACAAAAUGUCAGGGAGAAAUCAGAAAAACCAGAUGGACUAGAUCGUUUGCAAAAUCAACUUCUGAGUGAGAUAUUCAAGGAAGAAUGCCUAUCCAUAGGAUCACCUGGUGUUCAAAAUAGGCUCAUCCGCACAAAGGUCCUCAUUGUUCUUGAUGAUGUGAGUAGCUCAAAGCAAAUGCAACGUUUAGCUGGCGAUCAUCUUCGGUAUGGCACUGGAAGUAGAAUCAUUAUCACAAGUAGAGAUAGGGGCACACUUAGACAAACUGUUGAAGAGGAUAAUAUCUAUGAGGUUGAGCUAUUAAAACCAGAUGACGCUCUUCAGCUCUUCUGUUUGCAUGCUUUCAAGAAUAACACUACUCGUAGAACAGAUUAUAAGGAGUUGGCAAAAAAGACUGGGGGUUAUGCCAGAGGCGUUCCUUUAGCUCUUACAAUUCUAGGGUCUUUGUUCUUCAAUUGCAAGAGCAAAGAAGACUGGGAAGAUGAAUUCAACAAAUUGAAACAAUUUCCCAAUGAAGAUAUCCAGAAAGUGUUGAGAAUAAGUUAUUAUAGAUUGGAAGAAAAUGAGAAGCAGAUAUUUCUGGAUAUAGCAUGUUUUCAUAAAGGGAAGGAAGUGAAGGAGGUAAAACGAAUGUUAGCUGUUCGUGGAUUCUUUGCGACAGUCGGAAUUAGAAUUCUCAUUGAUACGUCUCUCAUAUCAAUUUAUUCAGAUAAAUGGAAAGGGGAAAUCAUAGAGAUGCACGAUUCACUACAAGAAAUGGGAAGGACAAUUGUUCAAGAACAAUGUAUUAAAGAUCCCGGUAAACGAAAUAGGGUUUUCAUAGAUGAGGAUGUCUAUCGUGUGCUGAAGAGUAACACGGGAACUCCAAUUGUUGAAGCUAUAUUGCUUAACUGGCAUAACAGUGAAGUGCGACCAUUGAAACGUGCAGACUUCAAACUGAUGUCAAACCUAGUAGCGCUAAGUGUGCAUUCUCGAAUAUUUGACUGCAAAUCCACCGCUUCUCUAGACCUUCCUGGUUCUCUUCGUUACCUUUACUGGAAUAGAUAUCCACUGGAAUCUUUGCCGUCAAAUUUUUCACCGGAAAAUCUAGUUGAGCUUCAUAUGCCAUGUAGCGAAGUUAAGAAGCUUUGGAAAGAAGACCAGAGACUUGUGAACUUAGAAGUGAUCGAUUUGCAGUACUCUACAAAUCUCACUGAAGUUCCAAAUCUCUCUGGGAGUCUAAAAAUUGUGCACAUAGAUCUCUCUGGUUGUGGAAGUUUGGCUGAAAUUCCAGGGUAUUUUCAAGAUCUUGGCAAGCUUACUCAUCUUCAUCUUGCACUCUGCACUAGUCUCAAGUAUCUUCCAGAGAUGCCAGGAAAUAUUAAAUACUUAGAUUUAUUGGGCAGUGGUAUAAAGGAGUUGCCCCAAUCAGUUUGGUCUCACGAAAAAAUUUCUUACUUGAAUAUAAGUCAUUGCAGAUACCUUGAGAAACUUCCAAGCAACAAGUGUAAACUGAAAAUCUCUGGUUCUUUUAAUCUAGAUUGGCACACAUCUCUUGGCGAGUUUUCUGAGCUUCCCAGGGAUAUAAGUAAAUUAUCAUUGGUUGGUUGCAAGAGACUUGUGAGUCUACCAACCAACAUUUGGAAAUUGAAAUAUCUUGAGGAACUCAAUCUCUCCAACUGCUUUAAACUUGAAAACUUCCCAAAGAUUUUGGAGCCAAUGGAACAUUUGAAGUCCUUAAAUUUAAGUGGAACAUCAAUUAAAGAGCUACACUCAUCAAUCGAGUUUCUCCCUGCACUCAAAAGAAUUCAACUACAAGGUUGCAAAAGGUUUUCAAGUAUCCCAAAGAGCAUUUGUAAGUUGAAGUAUCUUGAGGUACUCGAUUUCUCUUUGUGCUCCGAACUUGUAAACUUCCCAGAGAUUUUGGAGCCAAUGGAACAUUUGAAGUCCUUAAAUUUAAGUGGAACAACGGUUAAAAAGCUACACUCAUCAAUCGAGUUUCUCCCUGCGCUCAAAAGAAUUCAACUACAAGGUUGCAAAAGGUUUUCAAGUAUCCCAAAAAACAUUUGUAAGUUGAAGAAUCUCGAGGUACUCGAUUUCUCUUUGUGCUCCGAACUUGUAAACUUCCCAGAGAUUUUGGAGCCAAUGGAACAUUUGAAGUCCUUAAAUUUAAGUGGAACAACGAUUAAAGAGCUACACUCAUCAAUCGAGUUUCUCCCUGCGCUCAAAAGAAUUCAACUACAAGGUUGCAAAAGGUUUUCAAGUAUCCCAAAAAGCAUUUGUAAGUUGAAGAAUCUUGAGGUACUCGAUUUCUCUUCGUGCGCUGAACUUGAAAACUUCCCAGAGAUCUUGGAGCCAAUGGAACAUUUAAAGUCCUUAAAUUUAAGUGGAACAUUGGUUAAAGAGCUACACUCAUCAAUCCAGUUUCUUCCUGCGCUCAUAAGAAUUUAACUACGAGGUUGCAAAAGGUUUUCAAGUAUCCCAAAGAGCAUUUGUAAGUUGAAAUAUCUAUGUCAUUUAAGAAAAUUUGGGAGAAGAAAAAAAGCCUCGUUGUAAGACCUAGAGAGCAGAAGCAAUCCUACUGGCUACUGCUGUGGUAUCAAAGAUCUGUGUGAUCAUUAUGUUUCAAAGAUCUUUUCAAAAUGAAUCUAAAAUUCUGGACUAACCUCUACAUGCUACAGAAAGGGUCUUUACAAACCUUAAAAAAAAGCACAAAAGACAACUUAUAGGUAGACACCAUAAAUUUACAGGUUCAGGCAGCUCAUCUAGCUUCCCAUACUUGCAAAAUCCAUCAAUAAGUCACGGGUCUCUUUAACCUGAUGUUAUUGGUUUAGUUUAAGAAAGAACUAAUUUAGCUGGCUAAAAUGACUAAAGUAGUGAACCUAUAAGUGGCCAUGUUUUAUCAUUUCUUAUAUUCCUGAUAGUUUAGCUGGCUAAAAAAACUAAAUAGUAGUGAACGUAUAAGUCCUUCGCGAGUUUUCUGAGCUUCCCAGGGAUAUAGGUAAAUUAUCAUUGGUUAAUUGCCAUAAACUUGUGAGUAGCAACAAAUAUUUGUAAGUUGAAAUAUCUCAGAGGAACUCGAUCUCUCCUAUUGCUUUAGACUUUAAAACUUCCCAAAGAUCUUGGAGCCAAUGGAACAUUUGAAGUCCUUAAAUUUAAGUAAAACAGCGGUUCAAGAGCUACACUCAUCAAUCCAGUUUCUCCCUACACUCCAAAUAAUUCAAUUACAUGAUUGCAAAAGGCUUUCAAGUAAUCCAAAGAGCAUUUGUAAGUUGAAAUGUCUCAAGCAUCUCGAUCUCUCUUCGUGCUCUGAACUUGAAAACUUCCCCGAGAUCUUGGAGCCAAUGAAAGAUUUGAAGUUCGUUUAAGUGGAAUAGCGGUUCAAGAGCUACACUCAUCAAUUGAGUUUCUCCCUGCGCUCCAAAUAAUUGAAUUACAUGAUUGCAAAAAGUUUUCCAAGUAUCCCAAAGAGCAUUUGUAAGUUGUAAUAUCUAAGUCAUUAAAUAGAAAAUUUGGGAGAAGA